CUGUGUGUCUGGUGUAGAACUGGUUGCAAAAUGGCGGACGGAGAGCUGAAUGUGGACAGCUUGAUAGCCCGGCUCCUGGAAGUGCGAGGAUGUCGCCCUGGAAAAAUUGUACAGAUGACUGAGGCUGAAGUUCGAGGCCUGUGUAUAAAAUCACGAGAGAUCUUUCUCAGCCAACCUAUCCUCUUGGAAUUGGAGGCACCAUUAAAGAUCUGCGGUGAUAUUCAUGGACAAUACACAGACCUUCUGAGGUUGUUUGAGUAUGGAGGCUUUCCACCUGAAGCAAACUACCUGUUUUUGGGAGAUUAUGUAGAUCGAGGCAAGCAGUCAUUGGAAACUAUUUGCCUUCUUCUAGCAUAUAAGAUCAAAUACCCAGAAAACUUCUUCCUUUUGAGAGGGAACCAUGAGUGUGCAAGCAUAAAUCGCAUCUACGGCUUCUAUGAUGAGUGCAAAAGACGUUUUAAUAUCAAACUCUGGAAGACAUUCACGGACUGUUUCAACUGUCUGCCGAUUGCAGCCAUUGUGGAUGAAAAAAUCUUCUGUUGCCAUGGAGGGCUCUCGCCAGAUUUACAAUCAAUGGAACAGAUCCGCAGAAUUAUGAGACCGACCGAUGUCCCUGACACAGGGUUGCUUUGUGACUUGCUGUGGUCAGAUCCUGACAAGGAUGUUCAAGGUUGGGGUGAGAAUGACCGUGGAGUUUCUUUUACCUUUGGGGCUGAUGUAGUCAGCAAAUUUCUGAACCGGCACGAUUUGGAUCUAAUCUGUCGCGCACAUCAGGUGGUUGAAGAUGGCUACGAAUUCUUUGCUAAAAGGCAGCUGGUUACAUUGUUCUCUGCUCCCAACUACUGUGGAGAGUUUGAUAAUGCUGGAGGAAUGAUGAGUGUUGAUGAAACAUUAAUGUGUUCUUUUCAGAUCCUAAAGCCUUCUGAAAAGAAAGCAAAGUACCAGUAUGGCGGGCUGAACUCCGGCCGCCCUGUUACACCACCUCGCAUGGCAAACGCACCCAAGAAGAGGUGAAUAUCCACGACCAUGCAGCCACCUUUCAUUUAUACACAGAGAAAGCUACCAGUAUACCAGUUCAUAUACUAAAGUGUGUAACCUGUAAGAACUGUACAACCAUCUGCUACUGUCUUUAAGCCUCAAUGCUUGUAAAAAAAAUUAAAUAAGUCUUUCAAAGUUUUCCAGUAAAUACACAGGUGUGGCAUAUUGUAAUGUAAAUCAGUGUGAUACCGUAACCAGCACAUUUUAAAAAUAUUUGCGACUGGACAGGGAUGAAGGUUCGGGUUCAAGUAAGAUGAGGAUAAAGGCUGUUUGUCAACCAUUGGACGUUCUCUGGUGAAAUCUUUAAACUUUAAAACAACUGAAUUUC